GCGGCAGCGCGCUCCGGCUUUACGACAGUGACGUCAUCGGGCAGCUGCUUCUCUUAACCUAUGUUUCUUCCCGCCACUAGAUGGAAGUGACGCUCCGUUACAACAGAGAGAGUCUGUCUUCCUUCACCGGCUGCAGCAACACACCUUGUGAAGAUGAGCAGCCAAGGAUCAGAGCAGCACUUCACAGACCCUCCUCCUCCUUGUUCUCGCACCAGUACUUGGUGUCAGAUGGAGCAGAUAACUUUUUGAUUGCCUUCUGGUCAUUCCGGGAAGUGGAGGAGCAGAAAAACGCAGGAAGGUAAAGAGUAAGAAAGAGAAGGAGAGCAGUGUCCCAGUGCUCUUCAUCGUCAUUACAACCACCAUCAUCAUCAAAAAGGUCUUGCCCUUUGAAAGAUGUUCCCUGGUCCAGGACUACUUCCUGCGUCACAGCGGCCUCUUCACCUUUAGAAGACGCAGCUAGAGGACCUGGGGCGUCAUCAGAACCUGCUGAUAUCUUCACACACAAUUUAGCUGCAUGCAUAGACGGCACCCUCCUGCCCGACACCCGGAGCUGCCUCGUCUAGCAGCCGCACUCGCAGGGCUCUUUACGCGCCGCUGGAUGCUUCAGCUCCUCUGUCCGCGGCGCCACCAGCUCAUCACACCGACGCUCCCGUGAGGCUUCGGCGUCGCUCUGCAUUCCUGUGGACUGGACUCUCACUUCAUCCAGAAACGUGCAGCAGGAUGCAGGGCGUACUGCCUGUGCGUGGAGUGCAGCCCCUGCUGGCCCUCCUUCUGCUUCAGAGUGUGGGCUGUGGCUUAACCAAUGCUGACACUGUGGUGAAUAUGCGGAAGGUGACCCAUCAGACCAUUACAGAAGAGCUGUCCAAAACCAUUCUCCUGCCCUGUCUCUUCACCCUCCGCCCCAGUUCAUCCCAUGAGCCCCCCAGGAUCAAGUGGACCAAGGUCUGGGGCCAGAGAGGCUCCGAUGGCCUGCAGAAGGAACAGUCGGUCCUGGUUGCCAGAGACAAUGUGGUCAAGGUGAAGAAGGCCUUCCAGGGUCGUGUGACACUGCCUGGUUACAACGAGAACCGCUACAAUGCCAGUCUCGCUCUGUCAGGACUACGUUCUAGCGACUCCGGUCUGUACCGCUGUGAGGUGGUGGUGGGCAUCAAUGACGAGCAGGACACCGUUCCCCUGGAGGUCACCGGUGUGGUGUUUCACUACCGGGCCCCCCAUGACCGCUAUGCCCUCUCCUUCGCCGAUGCCAAGAGGGUGUGUAUAGAGAACUCAGCAGUCAUCGCAACGCCGGGCCAGCUGCAGGCCACCUUCGCUGAUGGAUAUGACAACUGUGAUGCCGGUUGGCUGUCCGACCAGACCGUACGGUACCCCAUCCAGUCGCCUCGGCCCGGUUGCUAUGGCGAUCGCGAGGACUCACCUGGAGUCCGUAACUACGGCGAUAGGUCCCCUGAUGAGCUGUUUGAUGUCUACUGCUUUGCUAAGCAGCUUCAAGGUGAAGUCUUCCACUCCGCCGUGCCGGAGAAGUUGAGCCUGGCCACAGCCUCCACCCACUGCCACUCCCUGGGAGCCCAGCUUGCCACCGUCGGGCAGCUCUACCUCGCCUGGCAGGCCGGCCUGGACCAGUGCGACCCCGGCUGGCUGGCCGACGGCAGCGUACGCUACCCCAUCAACGUCCCGCGGAAGAACUGCGGCGGGGACGAGCCCGGGGUGCGGACAGUCUACAACAACCCCAACCGCACUGGCUUCCCUGACACCACAGCCCUGUUUGAUGCCUACUGCUACGGAGCCCACCAGACGGUGGGGGUCCAGGCUGCAGAGGCGCAGGCUUUGCACCAGACUGCCAACCCACCAGUCGAGGCCACCUCUUCAGCAACUGAAGCCCAGCAUAGUCCCCACUUUCCCGAAACAUCGACCUGGACUGGCUUGGUUGACUUGGAACGCGAGGGAGUCAAUUCGCUUGCGGUAUUCAACGGCUCCUCUGAGAUCUCUGAAGAGCAUGUGGUCAUCCACUUAACGCCAGAGGAGGGCUGGCAUGGAAAACAAGAUGGAAGCAGAACUAGCCAGGGGGAGUCUGAUGGCGAGGGUAGCAACACCUUGGGCCUUGAGCUUGAUGUCAAGACCCAGAAGAGUCAUGGAGGCUCUGCUCAUGAAGAAGAAGAUGAUGGAACUCUUGGAUCAUCCGACACCCCGACCUUAUCCUCCACAGCUUCUUCCACCCCCGAGCCUCAAACUAGCAACAGCGUUUUGGCGGAGUUUGUCCACACUCUGAUGAGGCCCUUUAAAUACUGGACUGGAGGUGAAAAGUCAGUGCUCGAGGGAAAAGCGGGAGACAACCAGACUCAGGGAGAAGCAUCCAGCAGAAACCUGAGUGUACCAAAACCCAUUGGAAACAAGGGCAGCAUGGACAACGCCAUCCCGGAGCACAGGAGUGGUGGUUUCUCCUUCAGGGAUCCUUCCAGUGGACUACAGAGUCCAGAGGAAGGUCUGUCAGAGCAGGAGAAAGAGGUCGUACCACUGAUUCGAUUAGUGCCUGCAGUCCAAAUCGCAGGGCCGAGUGACACCACGACGCAACCAGGAGAGCGAGCCUCCAGCCCUGCUCCCACCAUUAACGAAUUCACUGCACCAGGUCCUAAGGAGAGCUCGCCACCCGGCGAACAUGUCAGUGUAUCUGGUCCUCAAGGUCCCAGAGGAGGCUCAGCCUUUGCUCCUGCCCCCAGCAGCCACUUCCGGUGGGCCAUCAAAUCCAUGCGUGGCUCCAAACUAGGCCCCCCCGGAAAUGUGGCCUAUGUGGGUAAACGUCCCACCUGGGAGCCCAUGGAAGCCAAAGCAGGGCCACUCGAGGUGAUGACCCUGCCCACCUCCCUUCAACAGGACAACCCGGAAAACUAUUCAGGCCAGGGGAGGGACCAGGAUGGAGAGGAUGUUAACACCCCAUCUGCUGCCAGAACUGGAUCAGGAGAGGACAAGGAGAUCGAGGGGAGCGGUGAGGGGAACAACUUUCCUGGUGGAUUUGGAUUGAAAGCCAGCGAUGUGGACCGCAGUAGUCAUGAAUCACAGUCGUCACUCAGCCAGAGUCAAGCUGAGCUUGUGACUGUGGCAGAACACACCACACUGUCCCAGUGGCAGCUAGUCCAACAGCCCACCACCCUACCUCAGGGCUCCCAGGAGCCUGACACAGCAGAGGAGGCCAGGGGGGAGAUCCUUUACGUCCGCAGACCUACUGAAAACCUCUCGUCUGCUUCUUCACGAAGAGGAGAGGGUAGUUCAAAUUCAGGCUCCACUCCUGUUUUUUGGAAGCACAACGAAGGCAUGAGCAGAAAGGAGGAAGUCACUUCCAUGCCUGAAUCCCUAAUGGAGGUGCUGACCACCUCUGAGGUGACCACAGUGGAGCCUCUGACAACCAGAGACACACAGACGACGGAUCCUACCACAACAUCGACCACCACAGAAAACGCCUCAGACAGAGCCACCACGGAGGAGCAGUCAAUUUCCAUUUCAUGGGUGCAGGAGGAGAAAACAACAAGCACACCCGACCUGGAGGGUCACCGCUCAGCUUCCCCAGCACCGGUUGAGGGAUCUCAAACGACUCCAGGCGUCGUUCACUUGACUACCUUCACAUCAGGCUCCAUCGUCGGGGCCACAGAAAUGGAAUCCAGGUCUGCGGUGUCUGAGUCCUUCGUAGUUGGAAGUCGCUGGACACCGUUCAAAGGCAUGAGCCCAAAGUCGGAGGAGAACAAAGCGUCGACGGCGACAGACAAGAAAGAAACAAACAACCCUUUCGGCAUUCUCGUCCCCAACUGGGCAUUUGGGCUCAUCCCAUCAGUGGAGAAUAACCCGUGCCAGACCAACCCCUGUCUCCACGGAGGGAGCUGCCUGCAGGAAGGUGACGGCUAUAGCUGCUACUGUCCACAGGGCUUCUCUGGAGAGAGCUGCGAGAUCGAUAUUGAUGACUGCCAGUCCAAUCCAUGCCAGAACGGAGGAACCUGCAUCGACGAGAUCAACUCCUUUGUGUGUCUUUGUCUGCCGAGCUACGGAGGAGCUACUUGUGAAAAGGACACAGAGGGCUGCGAGCACACAUGGAGGAAGUUCCACGGCCACUGCUACCGAUACUUCAGCCGGAGACACACGUGGGAGGACGCCGAGAAGGACUGCAGGGAGCACAGCGGCCACCUGGCGAGCAUCCACAGCCCGGCCGAGCAGAACUUCAUCAGAGGUCUAAGCCAUGACAACACCUGGAUCGGGUUAAACGAUCGCACUGUGGAGGACGACUUUCAGUGGACCGACAAGAUGGACCUGCAAUACGAGAACUGGCGCGAAAACCAGCCAGACAACUUCUUCGCGGGUGGAGAAGACUGCGUGGUCAUGAUCGCCCACGAGAACGGCAAAUGGAACGACGUCCCCUGCAACUACAACCUGCCCUAUGUCUGCAAGAAGGGAACAGUGCUUUGCGGAGCCCCGCCCACCGUGGAUAACGCCUUCCUGAUUGGUCGGAAGCGCUCCCACUACGACAUCCACUCGGUGGUGCGCUACCAGUGCGCCGACGGCUUCCUGCAGCGCCACGUGCCCACUGCCAAGUGUCGCGCCAAUGGCAAGUGGGACCGACCUAAAAUCAUCUGCAUAAAAUCCCGACGAGCCCACCGCUACCGGCGCCACCACCACAAGGGCAGGAGGGAGCGCAGGAAGCACAAGAGGCACGGCCACAGAGAGGGAGGGCACCACGGAGGCGAGCCGGGCCAGGGCCACAACCACGGCCACUUCUGAACCAAAAAAAAAAAAAAAACAACCCAUCCCCUUUACUUUUUCUCCCCUGCUGCCGACCGCAGUUUGCCUGUAUCCCAGUCGUCCCUUCCUCUCGGCCCCCCCCCACUACUCCACCCUACGCCCGCCUCCCUGCACCGCACUGCCCUGCCCUGCCCUUAGCUCCACCCCUGGCUCUCCGAGUCAGCCUGUAUCAUAGUCAACUCUGAGGCCCGCCGAAGUGCUGCAAGGCGUCGCCGGGACAAUAACAAGAUCCCCUUUGUACUCUUUUUACUUUCAUCCCUCUGGUUUUUUUUUUUCUUCCUCGUUUUAACUCGUCCACUCCUCAACCCGACCCAGUUACCUCCCCCCUUCCGAGCUCAACGAUGACCUGAAACACGGGGCGACGCUGACCUGGUUUUUUUUUUUGGGAAAUAAGACAACACCUUUGAGAUCCACAUCGAACAUUGUUUCGGAGAGAAGAGGUUUAGUACAAACUACAAAUAGGGACGACAUCACUGAGUAUGAAGAACAGACGAGUCGAGGGGAGACGUCCAUGUUGUCGACUUGAGCCUUUUCGUCUGUCGAACGCAUUAUUUUUUACGAAUACUCCGUGUUUAUUUCUCGUCUCCGCUGCUUUUGGUUGGCUCUUUGUAAAAACCUUGUACUUGACUCAAAGCGAGUUAUUCUGAAGCAGAUUUUAAUUGAUUUACUUUGAAUCAGAGGCAGUCGUAAUUGAAUAAUUUGAUUGUUAGCGUUGUAUCCUCUUUGUCAGUGUGAGACAGUUACUUUAGAUCAGAUGCUUAAACCCCCCCAGAGGAUAAAAAAAAUGCAAAAAACACACCGCGUCACAGUUCAGUUUCAUCACAUCACACGUCAGUCACUUUUCCAGAGGUGUCGAACGAUCUCAAACUGCUCUUGUUGUGUCAGACGCCCACCCCUGUCAGCGUCGAGGCGUUAAUCUGAACCUUUGAUGUCUCGACUCAGAUCUGCGAGCCCCACGUUUGCUUUGCCUUCUCUCAUAAUAUGUGUCGCUGUAAGGAUGUGUGCUGUGAAUUAAUGAAGAUGAUGCAGCAGGGUGAUGCGGCCCUCGCCGGAGUUUGGGUUUUUUUUUUUUUUUUUUCUCCAUCUGAUGAGGAGAAAUUAAGCCGUCAGCCACGAGAGACGGAGCGGGUUUAUCUGUCGCAGGUCUCAGCAAGAACAAGAUUUGAGAGGUGCAUGUGCAGAGUUCAGCUACACUGCAAAAAAAAAAAUAAAAAAUGUAUGUCUCUUUUUUUCAACUUUUUCUUAAAGCAAAAUUGUUUCUACACUUGGGUUGAGAUAAUAUUUGGGAGUGGGGAGCAAAUUAUCACAUCCCGAUUGAUUUAUGUUUUCUGCAGCAUCCCAACUUUGUCUGAAUCAGGGUUAGAUUAGAUACAAGAAAAAAAAAUUUGUAGCAUACCGUGCUCUGCAUCUAAACCAGGAUGAAUUCAGGAGAGCAGACACGAAAAGCAGGGGAGACUAAUGUUGAUGACUGAUCGUGAAUCAAAGCUGUGUGCACGGGGUAUAAGGAUGAAUAUAAGGCGAGGAUGUCUCUCAUUUCUGUGUGUGUGGUGUGUGUGUGUGUGUGCGCGCGCACGUCUAUGAUUGAGAACGCUGACAGUGUCUGAAAUCCCAGCGGCUGAUGAUAGAGGGUCAGCAGAGACUAAGGCCUCCCAUUUCUGGGCCAGGCUGAGUCUCGCGGCUGUUCACACCUGUGCUCGUUCCCCCGGCGUGUCCCGCUUUAAAGAGGGGAUUUGAGGCGGACAGAACAAGCUCUUAGCUCGCUUUUCCUACCCUUUUACUGCCGGGGUUAAAUUGGUGUGGUUUUUUUUUUUUUUUUGUUUAAAGCUAGCACUUGAUGUUCAGAGCCUCUGGGAUUACGUUGCCAACACCGACUCCGGCGCUUUUACCUUUUAUGUUCCUCCAUCUUGUUCAGCUUUUACCUCCACUACUUCUCAUUUAUCUUUGUCUCUGGACAUUAUUUUCACUGUCGCUGUCUUUUGGAGGAUAGACACUCGUGAAUUACGUUUAACCAGCUCUUUACUGGUGAAAGAGUGCACUCAGCGGCCUUUAACAUCUUAGAAAAAGGACACUGGUUUUUAUCAAGUCACACGAGGCGAGAGAGCCCGUCCUGUGCACAUUAAUUUGCUGCCUUUGUUUGUCUCCUCUCACCUUGGCAAUGACAACACCCCUCCGCCACUGGGAAGAGGAGUGAACCCGCACCUUUGUAUCAGUUUAAUUAAUCUACCGCAUGCCUAAUUAACAAGUUGCAUUAUCCGCAGGAACCGCAGAGCUGCGAUGACGAGGCAAGGGUUAGCUUGACGGACAGACAGUGGAAGGUUGAGGGUGACGGACGGGAGGGCCCGGAGAGCUGUCACAGCCAUCAAACCCCUCCUGUCGUUUCUUAUAGAUGUCAGCUUGCUGUCCGCGAAAAUGGAUUGAGCACCGAUGGUUGAAUGAAGGGGCAGACUGAAGCCCCUCUCACAGUAAUUCAAAUCAGAGCUGAUGCCCACGGACAGUGUAAUUACAGUCGUGCUCAGCUGUGUGACAGGAGUACAAAACUUUCUAAAAAAAAAAGCGAUGAGGGGGAGCUGUAUCUCGGCUGGAGAAAAAAAAGAGAGAGAGAGAGAGAGAGAGCAUGUGGAGACACGUUGGGACGAAAACGUAAUUGAUUAUCGCUAUCCGUCGAGAUUGGAAAAACAUCAUCUGAAUAUGAAUGGAUGUUUAAUCUGCUGUUCGCUCUUUUCUCUCUUCUUUCGCCUUUUGCAGAGAUUAUUAGCCGACCACCAAAAUACCACAGAUUUAUGUUAAUCUUCUAACCGUAAUGAAGAUUUGAUGAAUGAGCGGAUAAAGUUUCGAGAAGUUUCGAGCAGAUUUCUUUCACAGAGCAGCCCGAAAUGGACACCGAGUGAAAAGAUGUCUUUGUGGUGGCGAUGGUCACCCUCUGAGCUGUGUGUGUCUGUGUGUGUCUGUGGUUGUGUGUGUUGGCUCUUAAGGAGGACAGCUUGCUUCUGGCCCGUCCUCUGGGACUGGGUUAGUUUUUUGUUCUCUGGUUUUGAAGAUGCCAAGUUGUCUCACACUCACAGCUUCUUCUUCUUCUUCUUCUUUUUUUUUUUACUCUUUCAGAAUUGGAUUCAUGCAAAAACACACACAUUAUUCUUCACACUUCUUCCUCUUCAUAUUUCAAACACAUUGACUCUGUCUCUCAGAAGUCUCUCUCCCUCUCUCUGUCUCUCCCUUCGAUUUUGACUCCUUUCAUCUCCUCCCCUCAUCGGUCUUUCUAGUGGAAGCCCCCGAGGGCAGGCAGACACACAUAGACGAAGACUUAUAAUUGUGAGGCUUAAUUAUGAAGAGGAAUUGACUUAACAGAGGUUGCUGCCAGCUGUCUCUCGGCACAGCAGGGAAGCAUGGUGCCCGAGGGGAGAGGAGCGGGCGAGCCGCUGAGCUUCUCCGCCGCCAGAAGGCCUUUCCUCAGCCUUUCCUCAGCCUCAGCCGCCAGGCCUCGCUGUUCGCGGCUCGAAGCGGAGGGCUCUUCAGCAGAGAUGAGAUAACAGCGGGAUUGCCGGGUGUGUGCGACUACAUCUCUGCGCUCUCGUAGCCGCGACUGUCUGAUUGCGCGCUGUCUAAAGUGCAGCAACAAGGAGCACAGCUUGGUUAAAUGUGGUGUACGUGUCGCGUGUCUGGCCGGUCAGCGUGACAGGAGGGACGCAAACAAGUCGGAGGAAAUUGACUUUCGGGGUACGCUUGUGUCGCACAGGCGUUCAGGCGCACCUAUGCAAUUUUCUUUUCACACACACACACACACACAAAAAAAGGCACAACCAGGCAAAACAAAUAAAACAUUUCCAGGUGAGAGAGCAUGUGAAACUGAAGGGCGCUUAUACACCUGUCAGUUAACAUCCAAGCAUGGAAUUAGAUAUAAUCGGACAACGAACACAAAAAAAAAAGGCCUCAAAGUUGAAACAAGUAAGCAUAUGCAUGAAUACAGGCAGGAGCUGCAGUGACUGUUUCCUAAGAGCCGCUCUCCUUAGUUACUGUUGCUAUGCCUGUCAAGCUCUCUGUCCUUGCAUGGUGCAGUAAUCCUUUGCAAUGAUGACAGAUCAGAUUUAAACUCUUGAGAGCUUGAUUUCAGACGGAGGCAGACAAGAGCAGAGGUUUUUAUAUUUCUGACCAGCCACAGUCUGGCUUCACGGGCUUAAACGACAAGUGUGCUGCCGCAAGGCUUCAUCGGCUGUGGCUAGCUGGCUAACUUACUUAGCUUACAUACUUGGACAAGCAAGACAAGUUACAUUUUUAAACAGUAUUUUUCAUUCAUGGCAAGACAAGUGGAUUGGAAAUGCAAAGGUUGCUGGAUUCAGUUAUGCAGGACAGAGCCAGUAACGUUGAGCCUGCACUCAAAUAUAGCAUCCAGGACCAGCUGGAAAAGUGCUGCACAGUGUGUGUGCCAGUCGGGAACAGGGUGCUUAAUGUAACUUGUAAUGUGGUGUGAAAUCAACCUGGUCUUGGAGGAAAUGCUUCGUUAUUGUGGAUCUCACGACUUUUGUUUGCAAUACCUGCCCUACUCUGCAUCUGACUGGUUUGCGUUAUCGUUUUUGCACUAUAAAAGCCUCACAGCAUCAAGUUUUUCUACCAGAGGAAGUGAGAGAAGCUAUUGAUAGGUCCCGUCUUCUUGAAGAAAAACCUAGAAAAGAUUCUGAGAGAGACGUUUGUGGCCCCGAUGGACAGCAAGAGGACACCACAAGGGACAUGAGAAUUUGCUAGCCAUCGUGCUUUUUUUCCUUACUGUAUGUUCAGUUCAGUGAUUGUCUGGUGUUAAUGGGUUGUUUCCAUAGUUUUUUGCCGUUUGUGUUGUUUCCAUAGUUUUGUUUAACACCUCGCUCUGCCCGCUGUCAAGACUUACUGUGGAGGCCUCAUGGCGAACAGUGUGAAAGAGCAACUGAGGAUCUCUGUUUCCUACUCGCGCCGUAACAAAUGAACCUGAUGCAUUUUAAACACGGCGCUCGUCAGCGAUGGCAGCCUGAUAAGAGCGGCGGAGGCUGCUGUCCUCAGUCGCUCACAGACAGACUAUUGAUUUCGCGAUUAGGCUGUCUGUCUUGGGUUCCCAUUAAGUCUGUCGAUGGCAUUGAUGGCGAAAUAGCGUCGACUGACCGCUGGAUGUUUUCUAAGUGACAGGAAAGCAGACUGUCAUAGCUCACUGCACUCCUCUGUAUCCCCGAGAACAGGCAAGUCAGGUACUCUCCCAUGUAAUUGCUUCGACUCUUGCGUCAUUAUCUUCUUUUUCAAUUUUUAUCUUCAUCUCAUUAAACUUUUCCAAAAACCCUUUUCCCGCCGUGGACUGCUGAAUCACUUCCUCUCUGCUCAGUAUCUAAUAUACCCUUAGUGGUACCCACGUGGCAUUGCAGCUCUGUCAGAGUUGAGACUACUCAUCAUUGUCGAUUGUUGGGAUGAAUGGAAACCUGUUACGGUGAGAGAAUGAGAAAUGAAAGAGACGGACGCAGAGCAGAAAACCAAUGACAGACACUCCUCCUCUGUGAUGUAAAUACUCUGAGGUUUUUCUUUCCCCCUUUUUUUAAACAAAAAAACAAAAAAAAAAUCCAUUUAAACUCUGGGUGUGUUCGUUGCUUAGCCUCUCUGGACCAUAUUCACACAGCCUCCGUGGAUCCAAAAACACAUCUCCCACACACAGGAGAGCUGUAAGAGAGGAGAUAUUUGAACAUGCAGAGAAAUAAGACUGUCCUGCACGACACCUCAGUUUGCAGCUCGCCACUGUACGUAUUCAUGUCGACUGUGAACACAGAUACAUUAAAACUGCAACUGAGCAGGUCUGCGGCUGUGUGAAUCUGGUCCACGUGUAUUUAUCCAUAUUUAUUGAUGUAUGUUCUUAUGAAUUUCCGGUCCUGUCAUUGUAUUAUAUUCUUUACAAGACAAAUGAUCAUUAAAGGAAACCCUUGUUUGGAUCCGUUA